CUUGUCACCCUGUGAAGAUGUGUUGGGGUCAAGUUAGCUGCCUGGGCGUCCUCUACAUUCUCUUGGCACAAAGGCUCCUCUCCUCCUCCUCGUCACGCCUCAUCUCUGCCACGGUGGGUCAAGACGUCACUUUGCCUUGCAAAUACCCAUCUGGCUUCUAUGGGCUCCGCUACACCUGCUGGGGACGCGGGCACUGCCAUCACUCCGGCUUCUGCCCAAAGGAGAUCAUCUCAAGUGACAAGGGCUACGUCAGCAGUAAACAUCUGGACAGACAUCAGCUACUGGGGAACAUCAAGCAAGGGGACGUCUCUCUGACCGUGGUCAGUGCCAGGACGGAGGACAGCGGCGAUUACUGCUGCUUCAUUUACAACCCGGGGUGGUCUCAAGGGCAGAAGCAGCACGUCUACCUACUGGUGAAGUCAGCCGCAGCAGCACCAGCACCGUGGGAAAUCAGCAGAGAGGAAAAGAAAGAAGAAGAAAAAGAAGUGCGACCCCCUCUGAAGAGAGAGCAGACCACAGAUUUCGAUGGAAAGCCUCAGCACAGCAGCGCCGUCGACCUCAAACACCCCGCCGAUGAUGAAGGAGGACCUGAGCCGCUACACCAUGUGUGCCGUCAUCACCGUCUUCACCGUCCUGACCGGGCUGGUGGGUUCGGUGCUCGUCCGAUGUGUCCUCGAGUGUCUGAUUCACCUUCAAGCUGACAGAAUUCUGCUGAUCUUCUUCCUCGACGCCUUUGUGGGUUUUAGACACCUGAACGAGGUCACCACACCGUC